AGAACGCUAAGACCCGAGGGGCUAAGUCGAACAACGUCGAUGCUGCUUGCCGUCAGUCUCGUUUUCGUCAUCUCCUUUCUCCCGUUCUUGGCGCUGGAAUUUUUCAAGGCGACCGCCCCUGGUGCGUUCUCAUCUCUGAGCGACCCGUCCCUUGCACUGUUCCAUCUGUUCCACAGGUCUUUUCUUAUCAACAGCGCUGCCAAUCCAAUCAUCUACAGUGUUUGUAACAUAAAAUUCAGGAAAGAAUGUCUGAAAUUAUUCUCAUGUUCGUAA